GAGCGCGCGGAGAUGCGGCGCGCCAGCCGAGACUACUCCAAGUACUUGCGCGGCGCCGAGGAGCCGGAGGGCUCCCCGCCGCUGCCUUCCCUGCCCGCACCGCCUCCGCCGGCCGCGCAGACCCCCGCCGCGCCCGCCUCGCGCUCGCUGCUGGCUGCGCUGGCGCUGCUGGGCCUCGGCCAGGUGGUCUGCAGCAUCGCGCUCUUCCUCUACUUCCGAGCGCAGAUGGACCCUAACAGAAUUUCGGAAGAAGAUACGCAUUGUCUGAGAACCUUUCUGAGACUCCAGGGGAAUAUAGACCUGCAGGAAACAACCUUGGCAAACCAAGAAACAAGGCUGCUGUCUGAAUCGUGCAGAAGGAUGAAGCAGGCAUUUCAAGGAGCGAUGCAGAAGGAAGUCCAACGUAUUAUUAUUGGCAAGGAUCAGUCAAGAUCAGAUAAAUCUACAAUGGGAGCGUCAUGGUUAGAUUUGCCCAAGAAAAACAAGCCUGACAGAGCACCCCUUGCCCACCUCAUAAUCGAUGGCAAUAAAAUCCCAGCUGGUACCAAAAAAGUGAACCUUACAUCUUGGCAUCACGACAAAGGCUGGGCAAACAUACUGAAUAUGACAUUCAGCGAUGGAAAAUUGGAAGUCAAUCAUGAUGGCUUUUAUUAUCUGUACACCAAUGUAUGCUUUAGACACCAUGAAGCUUUGGGAAACCUAACUGGACAAAUUCUGCAGUUGAUGGUAUAUGUCAUGAAAACAGAUGCUAAAAGGAGAAACCCUGUAGUUUUGAUGAAAGGAGGAAGUACAAAGAAUUGGUCCGGAGACUCAGAAUUUCAUUUUUAUUCUGUAAAUGUAGGAGGGUUUUUCAAACUGAAAUCUGGUGAAAUAAUAAGUAUCCAGGUAUCAUACCCAUCAUUACUGGAUCGCUCUCCGGAAGGUACUUACUUUGGGGCCUUUAAAAUAAGGGAUAUCGAUUGAGUUUUGCUACAGGAUUUUUCAGAGGGGAAGUAGCCUAUUCAUUCAACUGGACCAGAUUACGGGAGAUGUGAUGGAACAGCUUUUAGGAUCCAAUUGUACAGGAACGAACAUUUCUCCGUAGACCAGGGGUAGUCAAUGUGGUGCUCUCCAUCUCUUCUUGGACCACAACUCCCAUAACUACUGGCCAUUGAAGAGGCUGACUAGGGGUUGAUGGGAGUUGUACCCCGAGAACAUCCGGUGAGCACCACAUUGGCCAUCCUUGUUGCAGACAUUCUUCUCUACAGCUCAGUUGCACUUAGGAUACUUCAUUUCCCAAUUCUUAAUUUGAAAUUUAUUUGUGAAGAUUAUUGGGUUAUGGAUUUGGGAUAUGUGGAUAUAAAUUGGCAGCAGUCCAUAACAACAUCUAAACUAUUUUUUUUAGAGACUUACUUGAAAAUCCGAGCACACUUUUCGUGAUGCUCGAGAAACAAAAGGUGGAAUCCGGACUAAGUUAGUUGCUUGCAAGUUCCAUUGAAAUCAAUAUUUUGGGGGAACUAAAUGCAACUAACUUACAAAACCAUCCUGUACAUAUCUACUCAGAAGUAAAUCCCAGGGAGUUCAAUGGGGUUUACUCCUAGGUAAGUGUGUAAAGGAUUCCAGCUUUCAUUUUGAUGGGAGAUUUAGAAGUGCGGAUUUUUAACAUUUGUUUUGUUUUGCAUGUUUGGUCUGCAAAGCAACCUGUAUACUGAUGGCACUUUUAAAUAAACAUUAGUACUAUUUCCCCCCAUAACCAAAGCAUUUGAAAAGCCAAUUUUAUUUUGCCCAUUUUAAAAGUCUCUCUAGACCUGGUUUCAGGGAAAAUGUUAGAAUCUUUAAUUAAAAACAGAAUUGCCACUUCUCCUUGUUUGUUUUCCAGAUGAUGAAAAUAUUUGUUCUUCUGCAGGCAGAAUUGCAUCUGGUGUGUGUUGUAUUUUGUACCUAUGUGCCUUCAUUUGCUUUCUUUUUGUCCCACUCCCCCCAACCCCCUCUGGCCAAGGGAUAUGGCGCCAAAGGUUCCAGUGUUGUACAUUUUGUAACUUCUGGCACUGAAGUUGUUCCUCAUGAAUUUCUCCUGCAAUGUAAGAGUGCUUUUCCUGUUGUGAUGGAAGACCAGCAAUGAAAGAGGAAGAAGCUAUUGCUUAUCUAGGUGACACUGCAAGUGGGGGGUGAUUGACUAUUCGACAAUGCAGUGAUUGUUGUUGUUUAGUCGUUUAGUCGUGUCCGACUCUUCGUGACCCCAUGGACCAUAGCACGCCAGGCACUCCUGUCUUGCACUGCCUCCCGCAGUUUGGUCAAACUCAUGUUCGUAGCUUCGAGAACACUGUCCAACCAUCUCGCAGUGAUAAUUUUUUAAAAGGUUAUAUACAUCUACCAAGGGACCCAGGUGGCGCAGUGGGUUAAACCACAGAGUCUAGGGCUUGCUGAUCAGAAGGUCGGCGGUUCGAAUCCCUGCAACGGGGUGAGCUCCCGUUGCUCGGUCCCAGCUCCUGCCCACCUAGCAGUUUGAAAGCACAUCAAAGUGCAAGUAGAUAAAUAGGGACCGCUCCGGCGGGAAGGUAAACGGUGUAUCCCUGCGCUGCUCUGGUUCGCCAGAAGCAGCUUUGUCAUGCUGGCCACAUGACCCGGAAGCUGUCUGCGGACAAACGCCGGCUCCCUCGGCCUAUAGAGUGAGAUGAGCGCCGCAACCCCAGUCGGACACGACUGGACCUGAUGGUCAGGGGCCCCUUUACCUUUAUACAUCUACCAAGAGUUUAAGUGCCUAUCUAAACAUACCAUAUUUUUUCUGUCUAUAAGAUGCCCCUAUGUAUAUAAGAUGCCCCCUAUUUUGGGGGAGUCAGAUUUAAGAAAACGGGGGAGAUGCAUCCAUGUAUAAGACGCCCCCUGAUUUCUGACAUUAUUUUUAAGGGGGGGAAACGUAGUCUUAUACACAGAAAAAUACGGUAAUUGAGUUGGAUCCAGAUUAAAGUUAGUUGAACUUUGACUCCAUUGAAAUCAGUGGAAAAUGUUAAUCAUAACUUUAGUCCCAUUGAUUCUGGUAGGAAUUAAAUUCAGCUAAUUUAAUCUUGAUGUAACCUGUAAUGUCUAGAAACACAUUUAACAUGCAGAUCCUCCCAUCAAAGGUCCAGGGUUGUCAGUGUGUCACAACCUGUGUUUGCUGCCAUCAAAUGUGUACGGCAUAGUCAGCGUGCUGAGCAAUGGUUUUUUCGGAAAACAACAACCAGGGUUUAGCAAAGGAGAUGUUCAAGGUUGUAACGGCAGACCCAAGGGAUGUUCCCACUUGGAGUGUCAAGAGGUGCUAAUAAAAUAUAGUUAGGUGUGGGAAGGCGUUGAUUGUUCCUUGCAAGAAGUAAUCUUUAAAGCAUGAAGCAUUUGACAUGAGUCCAUCAAAAUGAAUUCAGCAUGCUUUUUUUUUAAAUUAAGAAAACUCCUUAAAUUGCUCAAUAGGAGCUAGAGCACAGGUGGGCAACUAGUUUGAAUGCAGGGACCCCCCCCCAUUUUCUAAGCUUCCAGCCUUCUUUGUAUGUCACAACUGCCCUGUAAUUUCAUGUGCUUUCAGUAAGAAACACCUUCCCUUCUGUGUGCCACCGUGUCUGGUGUGAGGCUUGCUACAGAAAUGACUAAGCGCUGGAAUUAUGCUGGCUUGGUUUAUGUGCAACAACCAAGCCUCAGGUUCAUACACCCCACCCCCACCCCACCCCACCUGCCCUUCACAUACAAGAGAAGGAGAUUUAAAGCUUCAGUGCUUUGUCUAGAACAGACAUCCCCAAACUUCGGCCCUCCAGAUGUUUUGGACUACAAUUCCCAUCUUCCCCAACCACUGGUCCUGUUAGCUAGGGAUCAUGGGAGUUGUAGGCCAAAACAUCUGGAGGGCCGCAGUUUGGGGAUGCCUGGUCUAGAAGAACAUGCAGUUUGUAAACCUGGUCUUCUUAACCCAGCACAGAAGCUUUUUGAUCUAUGUUCCUGGAGAUGUCCCUUCUUCCCUGCAGCCAUGCCACGGAAAAGGUUCCUGUGGCAUGUACAAUAUAACCCCAGGUUAGAAUCAACUUCUUAGUCAUUAGCUGAUAAAAUUAUUUGAGGCUGGCCUGAUCUGUUAAGCUUCUUGAGAUUCUCUGGUUCUGCAGUUGGCUUGCCAUUGUACAAGAAAGAAGAUAGGAGUCCCACACAUUGAGCACUGAGCCUUUUUUAAUUUGAAAGGAAGCCCUGCCAAUGGAUUCUCAGCCUCACGCAGAACUUGCAAAUCCAUAAGUCCCCCCCCCCAAAAAAAGGCAAAAUGGGUAUUUUUAUAUUCUGUAAUAUCAAGUUAUAUUUCAGGUGUAUGUUUUGUUUGAAAAAAAUCUUUAAUUUAUAUUUGUCCUAAAGUAUUUGAUACAAAAUAUUUAAAAAACUUACUGUAUGUGUAUUUAAUGUUUGAAAAUUGUAUAGAUAACUGGUGCACUUUGUUAAUCCCGUUGGGGGGAAAACUGCAGCUAAUAUGAUCAUUUGCUACUAGCAAAUGUGAUGUUUCUUGGUGUUUUAUUAAUUUAACAGCUUCUCUUCGAUCUGAUCAGUGUUACUGAGAAGUCAAGGGCCAAGUAUCAUUAGACGACUGUUGAUAAUUUUAGGUACUUUUUGCAUCUCCAAAAAUUCUUCAUUCUAGCAAAGUCCUUCCACGUCAUGUUGGAAUUCUUGAGGGAGAAAGAAUUGGGUUCUUUCAGGAAGGGCUGAGAAAUGGCAGUAAUGUUUUCAAGAUUGUGCCUUUGAAAUAGAUUAACACCGCACAGCUGGGAAUAUGGAAAAGUAUGCGGCAGACAAAGCGAUUUGUUAAGAGUAUUUAUGUAAUUGUUCAACAGACUUUUUAUCCUAUUGCAAAUGUUGUUAUACUGUAAAUGCUGUCAUAGAUUUUUGCAAUACAAACCUAUUCCCAAUAAAUGCAUAGAGGCCCAUGUUACUAUUAUUUUAUAUUGUAUAAUAAGCAUUGCUUUUGAAUGCUAUGACUUUUU